CCAGAAUUUUUUUAGUGUACAUCGCAGCCAUCUCCAUUUCCAUUUCCAUUUCCAUCACUACUUCUAUCUCCCUCACUAUUUAUUAUUACUAUUACUAUUAGUUGCAUAUUUUAAAGUUAGUCAACGUAUAAGAAUUUCAAUUUACUAUAUGUCAUCAAAGAGUAGUAGUGGGUCAAAGAAAAAGUCAGGAACUCCUAUCCCUACUGAUGGGACAAAUCCUAAAAAGAUUAAAAUUCCUAAAUCAUUUAUUGUACGACCAUCUCAUAAAAAUGGUGUUAAGAAUAUAACCAAAGUAUAUAUACAGUCUGAAAUUCUUCAAGGUUUAGAGAUCGCACUGGGAAGUUUUGUAUAUAUUGCGAAAUUUGAUAGUGGUAAUCCUGGUAUAAUUGCGACUAUUGCUAGUGAUGAUGAUAUUUUAGAUAAAAAUGUUAUUACUAUAUCAUCAAAUCUAAGAAAUCUUGCUGGAAUUCUAUUGGGUGAUCGAGUAGAGAUUAUAAAAUAUAAUAAACAACCAGAGUAUGUUAAAACUAUUAAUGUGAAUAUUGGUCAUGAUAUUUCAAAUGAUCAAAUGAAGGUAAUUGAUAAAGCCUUAGAUGAUGUAGGUAUAAUUUCUCCAGGUUUGAAAUUAUCUGUUCAAGUACCUUCACAAGAUGAUGAAUAUCUUGAUAUUAUAAUAAUUGAUAUUAAUGAAGAUGAUUAUAAUUCAGUAGAAAAAUCAUUUCUGAAUCUUUCAAUUAAUGGGAAUGAUAGUAGUAAUAAUGAUAUAACAACAAUUACUGAAACAGUAUCACCAACUUAUCUUUAUAUAAAAUCCAAAGUUACUAUAAUAUCUAGUAAUUUAUUAUUACCAUCUAAGAAAAAGUAUCCUCAAUUACCAAAUCUUGCUAAUUAUUCUGAAGUUGGAGGUCUUAAUAAACAAAUUUCUUUAUUAAAAUCAAGUAUUGAUUUACCUUUACAUAAUCCCAAUUUAUUUUCAGAAUUUGGUAUAUCUCCUCCUCGAGGAAUUUUAUUACAUGGUCCACCAGGUACAGGUAAAACUAUGUUAUUAAGAUGUGUAGCAAAUGAAUCAAAUGCUCAUGUACUUACAGUUAAUGGACCAUCUAUUGUAUCUAAAUAUUUAGGUGAAACAGAAAAUGCUAUUAGAGAUAUUUUUAUUGAAGCUAGAAAAUUUCAACCAUCAAUUAUAUUUAUGGAUGAAAUUGAUUCUUUAGUUCCAAGUAGAAAUUCUGAUGAUAGUGGAGAAACUGAAUCUCGAGUAGUAGCUACUUUAUUAACUAUGAUGGAUGGUUUAGGAGAUUCUGGAAGAAUUGUUGUUGUAGGAGCUACAAAUAGACCAAAUUCAAUAGAUGCAGCUUUAAGAAGACCAGGUAGAUUUGAUCAAGAAGUUGAAAUUGGUAUACCUGAUGUUGAUGCUAGAUUAGAAAUUUUACUUAAAUUAUUUACUAAAAUGAAUGAAUCAAAAUGUACAUUAACAAAAGAAGAUAUUACUGUGGCAGCAUCAAAAACUCAUGGAUAUGUUGGAGCUGAUUUAACAGCUUUAUGUCGAGAAGCAGUUAUGAAAGCUAUUAAUAGAGGAUUAAAAUUAAAUAUUCCUCAACAAGAAAUUAAAGUUACAAUUAAUGAUGUAUUAGAAGCACUUCCAGAAAUUAGACCUUCAGCAAUGAGAGAAAUCUUUUUAGAAAUGCCUAAAGUUUAUUGGGAUGAUAUUGGAGGACAAGAAGAAUUAAAACAAAAACUUAUUGAAGUAGUACAGUUACCACUUGAAGCAUCUGAAUCUUUUAAGAAUUUAGGAAUUCUGGCUCCAAAGGGAGUAUUACUUUAUGGACCACCAGGAUGUUCAAAAACUUUAACUGCUAAAGCAUUAGCUACUGAAUCAGGAUUAAAUUUCUUAGCUGUUAAAGGUCCAGAAAUAUUUAAUAAAUAUGUUGGAGAAUCAGAAAGAACUAUUCGAGAAAUAUUUAGAAAAGCAAGAACAGCAUCUCCUUCAAUUAUAUUUUUUGAUGAAAUUGAUGCUAUAUCAGGAGAUAGAGAUUCUGGUACUACUGCAUCUCAAAAUGUAUUAACUUCAUUAUUAAAUGAAAUUGAUGGAGUUGAAGAAUUAAAGGGAGUAGUAAUUGUUGCUGCAACUAAUAAACCUACAGAAAUCGAUCCAGCUUUAUUAAGACCUGGAAGAUUAGAUCGUCAUAUUUAUGUUGCUCCACCUGAUUAUGAAGCUCGUCUACAAAUUUUAACUAAAGGUUGUAAUAAAUUUAAUUUAAAUGAAAAUGAAGUUGAUCUUAAAUUAUAUGCUGAAUUAACUGAUGGAUGCUCUGGUGCUGAAGUGGCAUUAUUAUGUCAAGAAGCUGGUUUAGCAGCUAUUACAGAAAAUAAACAAGCUAAUCAAGUAUUAAAGAAACAUUUUGAUUAUGCUUUAAAGGGAAUUUCUAAAGGUAUUACUCCAGAAAUGUUACAAUAUUAUCAAGAAUUUUCUAAUAGAAGUGGUUUAAAUAUGUAGAAUUAAUAAAUAAAUAUAUAUGUAUAAU